AUGUCUGACGCUGGAGCUGGAUCUUCUCAAGGAGGAGGGUCUCAAGGAGGAGGCCAACAAGUGGAUCCAAGAAGAAAAUAUGGUACCAUGGUUAACAACAACGUGAACCAUUGGAAAUGUAUUUUCUGUUACAAGGUGUUAACUGCGGGAGUCUCAAGGUUGAAACAACAUCUUGUUGGAAGGCAUAAGAAUGCAAAGAAGUGUCCAAUCUGUCCAGAACAUGUCAGAGCUGAGUUGCAGAACUACAUGGCCAAAAAAGCUGAAGAAAGAGCAGCUCUAUCAAUGAAGUACCAACAUGCCGUGCAUGAAGAUGAUGUGGAGGACUUGGAUGGUGAUCAGCCAAUGCGGAAGGCUAGUAAGAGGAAGAACCGUGGUCCUUUGGACAAGUUCGUGAUGUCAGUGCCUGCAGACAUCUUGCAAGGCAGAAAAGAUAGGAAAGGGGUGUUUGGAGUUUGUGACAAGGACCUGAGAGACAAAACGUGUGGAGCAAUAGCAAGAUGGUUUUAUGAUGCUGGGAUUCCUUUCAAUGCUGCCUCACAUGAGAGUUUCAAGAAAAUGACAGAGGCGAUUGCACAGUACGGUAUGGGACUAAAGCCUCCUUCAAUGUAUGAGAUCCGGUUCCCUUUACUUCAAAAGGAAGUAGCCAUUGUUCAAGAUGAGCUGGUUCCCAACAGGGAGGAGUGGGCAGCGAAAGGAUGCACGAUCAUGUCUGAUGGAUGGCGUGAUUCUGUGGUGCAGAAAGACAUCAUUAACUUUCUGGUUAACUCACCAAAAGGCUCUGUUUUCAUCAGGUCAAAAGAAGUGUCUGAAGUUGUGAAAGAUGCUACACUGCUGUUCAAGUUACUUGACGACAUGGUUGAGGAAGUUGGAGAGAUGAAUGUGGUACAAGUUGUCACAGACAAUGCUUCAAAUUAUGUGAAGGCCGGGAAACUACUUGAAGCAAAACGUCCACAUCUCUUUUGGACUCCUUGUUCUGCCCAUUGUAUCGAUCUGAUGCUUGAGGACAUUGGAAAGAUAGAGGCUGUGAAGAACUCAAUGAAGAAGUGUAUGUUCGUUAAUGCCUACAUCUACUGCCGUGUUCCUCUUGUGAACAUGAUGAGAAGGUUCGCAAACCAUAAGAACUUGCAUAGGCCGGCUGUGACAAGAUUUGCCACUUCCUUCAUCACGAUGAAGCAAUUUCACCUUCAGCAAGGCAAUUAG